GAUCGAAGGGCACCGGAGUUCAGCUUGCCCUCGCGCUAUUAGAGGUCGCGUUCUACCGCUGCUCCCUUUCGUUCUGUCGGGCGGAGCCUUCCGUGAGCACGGCUGGAUUUGUCUGUGCUACUGUCUCUCUUCUGGGUUUCAAUAAAGUUUUCCUCUUCCUUCCCCUGUACGGAGCUCAAGAUGGCGGCCUCUUGGUCGCCCUUGGUUACCCUGCGCUUAGCGCCGAGCCGGCUGAGAGGAAGAUGUGUCCGGUGCAGGGCUUGGGCCGCUGCUCUCCCCACUUCGGUCACCGCCCCUGGAAACCCCUUUUGUAAAGCCUAUACAGUUCAGACAGCCAAGAGUAUGUCUCCAACUGCUGCUACAGAGGUUUAUUCAAAAGCUUUAGCUGUUUGCCAUGGACCACUGGACCACUAUGACUUUCUGAUCAAAGCUCAUGAGCUGAAGGACGAUGAACAUCAAAGAAGAGUCAUACAGUGUUUGCAGGAAUUACAUGAGGACCUUAAAGGAUACAGUAUAGAGGCAGAAGGCCUUUUUUCUAAGCUUUUUUCAAGGAGCAAACCUCCAAGGGGCCUGUAUGUUUAUGGAGAUGUUGGUACAGGGAAAACAAUGGUGAUGGACAUGUUUUAUGCUUAUGUGGAAAUGAAGAGGAAAAAACGGGUUCAUUUUCAUGGUUUCAUGCUAGAUGUUCACAAAAGAAUACACCGCCUUAAACAGAGUUUGCCAAAAAGGAAACCAGGAUUCAUGGCUAAAUCAUACGAUCCAAUAGCUCCUAUAGCUGAAGAAAUCAGUGAAGAAGCAUGUCUCUUAUGUUUCGAUGAAUUUCAGGUCACUGACAUUGCUGAUGCCAUGAUUCUGAAACAGCUUUUUGAAAAUCUGUUCAAAAACGGGGUCGUCGUUGUGGCAACAUCCAACAGGCCACCGGAAGAUCUCUAUAAAAAUGGACUCCAAAGAGCUAACUUUGUACCAUUCAUAGCUGUCCUGAAGGUCUCUGAGGCAGUGGGAGAGUGGAAUGCAUGUAUUUGGGCAAUGCUGUAUUUCUUUCUGGAAUACUGUAAUACGGUCCAGCUAGAUUCUGGGAUAGAUUAUCGGAAAAGGGAACUUCCUGCUGCAGGAGAACUCUACUACCUCACAAGUGAAGCUGAUGUGGAGGCUGUCAUGGAUAAGUUGUUUGAUGAGCUGGCUCAGAAACAAAAUGAUUUAACUAGACCAAGGAUUCUAAAAGUGCAAGGCAGAGAGCUGCGGCUGAAUAAAGCCUGUGGAACCGUUGCCGACUGCACAUUUGAAGAGCUAUGUGAGAGACCACUUGGAGCCAGUGACUAUUUGGAACUGUCAAAGAAUUUUGAUACAGUAUUUUUACGAAACAUUCCACAAUUUACCCUGGCAAAGAGGACCCAAGCUCGGAGAUUCAUAACUCUCAUUGAUAACUUUUAUGAUUUCAAGGUGCGCAUAAUUUGCUCUGCAUCAACUCCCGUAUCAAGCUUAUUUUUGUAUGAACAUCAUGACAGUGAGUUGGAGCAAAGCAGAAUACUGAUGGAUGAUUUGGGGCUGAGCCAGGACUCAGCAGAAGGACUCGCCAUGUUUACUGGAGAAGAGGAAAUCUUUGCAUUUCAGCGCACAAUUUCCCGACUCACAGAAAUGCAGAGUGAACAAUACUGGAAUGAAGGGGACAGAAGCAAGAAGUAGCCGUCACUUUUGCAUGAAUAAAAGUCUGGGCAAAUCAUUACUGCAGGGAGAACUCUUUAAUAUGGGACUUGAAGGAAUCAUUUUCUCAUCAUUAAUUAAGCACUUUGUCCUCUGGACCAUUUUUAUCUA